UUGUCGGACAUAUUGCCUCUACCAAAUCACGUGCAUCUAGAAAUACAAUGUGGUUGUGCUGUUGAGAGAUCGGUUAAAAUGAUGCUUAUUAGCGAAGUGUGGUUGUAUGCAAACUAGGGGCACCCGCUUUCUAAAUUAGAGUAAAAUACAGCAUAGCCUCAUACAAUUAAAAUAAUAGCAAAAGGAUACGACAUCCUUUGGAAAAAAAACAAUCGUCACUUGAAAUAAUUGGAGGGCGCAUGCGCAUGUGUGGUGAGACUGGCCAAGUUGGUUGGUCUUUUCCAAGGGGGGCUGGACAUUGAACAUGGCUCGCACUCAUUUCAUUGGACAGCUUGUCCUCACAAUUACAGAGACGAAACCCCGUUUGGUCCAACUUCAGCUUGCUAACAAUUUAAUGUUAGCUUAGUUUACAUACAUGGAUCUAAGUGAUGCAGACCAGGGGAGCCUGGCGGAGGUCAAGCAUGUAAUAUUGGUGCUGUCAGGGAAAGGAGGGGUGGGAAAGAGCACCAUGACAACAGAGAUAGCCCUGGCACUUCGGCAUGCAGGAAAAAAGGUGGGCAUACUGGACGUGGACCUGUGUGGCCCCAGUAUCCCCCGCAUGCUGUGUGUGGGUCGGCCGGAGGUGCACCAGUGUGACUCCGGCUGGGUGCCCGUCUACGUAGACUCCAGCAAGACCCUGGCCCUCAUGUCCAUUGGCUUCCUUCUGGAGAACCCUGAUGAUGCUGUGGUCUGGAGGGGCCCCAAGAAAACAGCUCUAAUUGGCCAGUUUGUGUCGGACGUGGCAUGGGGUGAACUGGACUACCUCCUGGUGGACACACCCCCAGGAACAUCGGACGAGCACCUGUCGGUCGUGGAGAACCUGCGCAAGCACAAGCUGGACGGAGCCAUCCUGGUCACUACUCCACAAGCUGUUUCCACUGGCGACGUGAGGCGGGAGAUCACAUUCUGCAAGAAGAUCGGCCUGCGCAUCCUCGGGCUAGUGGAGAAUAUGAGCGGCUUUGUGUGCCCUCACUGCUCGGAGUGCAGUAAUAUAUUCUCCAAAGGCGGAGGAGAGGACCUAGCAAAGCUGACAGGAUCGCCAUUUUUAGGCUGCGUGCCCCUGGAUCCACAGCUCAGCAGCAGCGUAGAGAAUGGUAAAGAUUUCAUUCAAGCUUUCCCAGAGAGCGCCACCUUCGCAGCCAUCAACAACAUUGUACAAGCCGUCAUGACCAGCUUAGAAGCUUCCUGAGUAUAUGUGUGUACAUGCCCUGUUCCUCCACAAGCGCUCUUCCCCAUAAAAUCACAUUGAAUUUAAAUUCUGUGUAUAUUGGGUUGGCUCCACUGAGAGUUUAAGGUCAUGCUAGUUCGUGGGAGGCUGCCUCAAAAGACCAAGACCCAUUUUGUGGGAAAAAGUCUUGACAAGGCCAAGUUAACCUAUAUUGCAGUCACUUAUUGUUCUUUUUAUCUACCAAUUAAUACAGCAAAUCAAAGUGUCUCAAGGUUGAUUUUUUUAAAUGUAUGUGUAUUAAUGUAUGAAUAAAUCAAAAUCCGAUCCAGCAUUGCAUCUGGGGACUGUGACUAUUCCAUUAGGUCUUUGUGUAUUUAAUUAGGUAUUUGUGCAUUUAAUGCUGUUACUUUAAGUGAGUCGAUAACUUGUGGUGAAACUGUGGGUUUGAGAGCUGCGUGGCGUUAUGUAACAAGUACUGAAUGUGAUGACUCUUUUUACAACAAUGUAGUAAAAUUGAGGUCUUGUUAUGGUAGAGCAUCCUAGUGAUUCAAGAACAUUCUUCAGCUGCUUCCUCUAGUCACUGCAAAAAAUAGACUUAGAAUUGUAUUUGCACCAUGUAUUUAAAUACACCAGGGCUGAGUUGGGGUAGGAGGGCCAUAUCAGUUUCUGGAUUUCAUACCAGUUCCUGCUUUUGACUAUGAAGCUAGCUCAGUCAUUUUCGAGAGCUACCUAUAUUUGAUAAGUUCAUGAAUGAUGGCUGCAGACUGUCCUUGUGUCUCUACAUAAAGCAUGUAUCUAGGAUCUUUAUCCAGUGCUUUUCAACCCAGGACCUGGAGCACCCUGCUCUGUGUGGUGCUUUUGUUCAAACAUUGUGGGUUCUACUGUACCAGCAGCUGUUUUUGGAGACUUUAAUGUUUGACAGGUUCAUUUUAGUGAGUCCUGAACUCUAAAAUCUGUGAAGAAAAAAUGACUGCUUUUAAAUUUAGUCCAAGUUGAGGACAAAUGUUGACUGAAUCCCAGCCUCUGUGAGAAACAGAUAUUCAUGUUACAAAGAAUGAAUAUUCCAUUCAACUAAUGCAUUCAUGUUCUGUAAUGCGUUGUGGCAAGUUAACCUUUUGUUAGAUGCUACAUUUUGUAUUGAUGAAUUCACUGAUAAACCUACACCUGGAAGCAGCAAAGUU